AUGGAAUUCCUGUUUCUACGUAUGCCGAUAGUUGGUGUAGUUGGUGUAGUUGGUGUAGUUGGUGUAGUUGGUGUAGUUGGUGUAGUUGGUGUAGUUGGUGUAGUUGGUGUAGUUGCUGAUGCUGUUGCUGAUGCUGUUGCUGAUGCUGUUGCUGAUGCUGUUGCUGAUGCUGUUGCUGAUGCUGUUGCUGAUGCUGUUGCUGAUGCUGUUGUUGUUGUAUGCUUUGUUCUAUGCUUUAAAUCUUUUCUCUCAGAAGACGCUGAAGAAGAAGCAGAAGAAGGUGGAGCUUUAUUAGAACUUAAAGCCGGAGGGGAAGAUGAGGAAGACUUUUUUCGAAAACUCUUUCUCUCCGAAGAUGAUGAUUGCUGA